AUGCAUUCUACCCUGCAGGAGGCACGCCUCAUACACCGUUCUUUCAAGUCAAGCUGUCGAUACUGCUCCGCACGCACGCAGUCAUCCCGAAGAUCGUUUCAUCGAACUUCGACACUCAGAAACACCACCGACCCAGGAUCAAAUUCGAACAGCGAGUCUGCUCCACCAGCAGGGCCAGGCAAGGAUGCCGCGGACAAUAGGACGUCGCCAACGCGGGACGGUGCCAGCUCGGUAGUACCACAGUUGCCAGUCACAGCGCCAUCGCUAGGUCGGACUGGGGAGCAGAACCAAACAAAUGGCUUCUAUGGCUCCAGCUUCAACAGAAGACAACGGGUGCGAGCACAGCAAGAGGUCACGGAGCCGCCAUUCUCGGUGCCAGAAUGGUUUGUGGACAGCAAUGUUGCGCUGUGGUCAGAUCUUGCGGCGAGACCGAAUGAAAUUGGAACCACCGAUGACUUCCUAGAAGCAAAGACGAAAGGAGAAGGAGGUCCGCCUGGAGGCGACAGCGAAGACAAACCGUCGCGUCCGCGCAGCGAUGAUUCUCGACCCACCCUUCGCGACUUCACCUUACUCGAUGUCUCCAGAACGGACGCAUCAAAAGAGCAAGAUAAUUCAUCGGAGAAUAACCAAGAAAAUACACCACGCUACUACCUCGAAAAGGCACAGUGUGAGGAAGUUCUCACAACAUUAAGAGGAUCCCUUCGAACUGCAGCAAAUACCAGCCAGAAUCAGGGAGAGCCUGCUGUCAAAGCGAACAAUGUAAUUAUCCGUUAUGCGGGCAAGGACGCAGAGAAUCUCUUAGACGAGCUGGUUCGAUCUCUGGCUACCUCGUAUGGCAGCCAUCUGGUUGACUUGGAUGUUCAGGACAUUUCGGACCUCAUCAGUCAAGCACGCACACGUGGUGAAUACUCUAUCGCUGAAGCGCGAAUGCUCAGCUACGAUGCGCUGGUACCCAGUCCGCGCAGCAACGACAGCGGCCAGACGGAGCCUUCUGAGGACAUGAACGACGAAUUCGCACCAGGUUCUGAUGCUCCGGACAUGGACAUCUCGGAGAUGGGCUUUCCUUCGAGUAGCAGCAAAAGUCCAUCGAUCAUGAAGGCCUUCACCAUUGAUUUGACAAAUCUAGGAGACUUCGGUUCGCGCCUCACUCGUCUCGACGGUAGACAUUCGAGGCGUGGAAACAAUCUAUUAGGGGCUGGCGGUAGAUCGCACUCGUUCGGGCAAAGUUACUCAAGGGCGGCGUCGCCAGCUGGCCCUUUUUCCGGUCUGUGUGAGAGCCUCCUGUCUACUAUCGCGGCCAAGAAAGCACGCGCCACGACACCGGACCAGGCAACGGAAGACCGUCGGAACGCUCUGACUGACAAACUUGGACUUCCUCGAAAUUCGACGCUCGUUCACGUCAAAGAUAUCAAUAACAUAGAGGAUAUUGCGAUUGGUCACACCUUCAUGAACGACUUGUGCCUCGCCGUUGAAGCAAAGCGCCAGCAAGGGGAACAUAUGAUCAUUGUCGGGACGGAGUGCCCGAAACAUCAUCUCGAGGACGCCCAGGGAAGGGAAGCCAGACACUUUGAAGCUCUACAGCAGACACCCAUGCCAUCAGAAACAGACGUUGCACGCAUUAUUGUCGUCACCCCACCCAGAUCAGUGUGGAAGUCCAACAACGCGAAGAUGUCCGCUCUCAGUCGAUCGAGACGAAUAGCAAGUAUCAAUCUUAGACACAUCUGGCAGAUGAUGCGGGUGUGGGAGACGGGCCCUAAUAUAGUGAUCGAGCCGUUUUCUUCGCACCUCAAACCAGGUUUCUGGAAGGAACCAUUCUUACAGAACCUCACGAUCAAGGACAGGUACAAUAUUUCCCAGGAGGUCUGGUCUUUUCAGUACGUUCAUCGCUUAGUCAGUUACAUGCGUGGUCUGGGCGAUGGCAGGGAAGCCCCCAUGGAGAUGGGAUUGUUCCAGCCAGUCAUAAGCUAUGCAAUUGAUAAGCUGGCCGAGAGCGACCUUAGCAAGUUGAGGUCGGGAUCCUCGUCGCAAUCCCAAGUGGAGAAAGCAUUGCGAGCCCUCAGAGGUGGCGCUCGGGGCGAUAUCAAAGGCGACGACGCAAAAUUGAGCAGAGUUCGAGCUCAGGCCAACAAGCACGAGACACGAUUACUGAGCGGCGUGAUCGAGUCAGACAAGAUGAGCACGACAUUUGACGAUGUCCACGCACCAGCAGAGACCAUUGAGGCUCUGCAAACAUUGACUACGCUCUCGCUCAUCAACCCCGAAGCGUUCACUUACGGCGUACUCGCAUCAGACCGCAUACCAGGUCUACUCUUGUACGGACCACCGGGCACAGGCAAGACUUUGCUCGCAAAAGCCGUGGCAAAAGAAUCGGGUGCCACAAUGCUGGAAGUUAGCGCUGCAGACCUCAACGACAUGUACGUGGGCGAGGGUGAGAAGAACGUCAAGGCGCUCUUCAGCUUGGCCAAGAAGUUGUCGCCCUGCGUGGUAUUCCUCGAUGAAGCAGACGCCAUGUUCAGCGCUCGGUCUGCCAACGGCCGACGCGUCAGUCAUCGUGAGCUGCUAAAUCAGUUCCUGAAGGAGUGGGAUGGCAUGAGCAAUGAUGCCGGGAGCGCGUUCUUGAUGGUUGCAACGAAUCGGCCCAUGGACUUUGACGAUGCAGUGCUGCGGCGCUUGCCGAGGAGGCUGCUUAUUGAUUUGCCGACUGAGAAGGACCGGCACGCCAUUCUCAAGAUUCAUCUCAAGGCCGAACAGCUGAGUGAGGGUCUUGACUUGGCUGAUCUGGCAAAGCGUACCCCCUUUUACUCGGGCUCAGACCUGAAGAAUCUGUGUGUCGCCGCUGCACUGACUGCGGUGAAGGAGCAACAUGAUCUAUCCAGGAAAGCGGCUUCUGCCGAGACUGCCUCUGUACCAACCUCGAAAUCUGCAGCAGGAGACGAGACGACAGGUGACCUCAGCACGGAUUUUGCGGAUGACUUCCCAAGCCAUCCACUUACUGCGGAGAAGCUAAUAUCGACGCUGAAACCUUCGAUGAGGAAAGAUAAGGUGGAGCUGAUUGCACGUCUGGUGAAGGAGAAGGGCCAAUCGUCGGGGAUGUCUGACACCACCGCCCAAGAUUCUGGCGAGGAAAAGCCUGAGGAGCAAGCGACCGCACAACAAGAAGCAGCACCGUCACUACCCGCAGAUGCCACCGAGUCGCCCAUUCAUCAUGAACCUGCUCCUUCUUCUGGCCCGAAGAAACGCGUCCUAACCCGCGCACACUUCGACAAAGCCCUCGAAGAGAUCACGGCCAGUGUGUCAGAAGACAUGAACAGUCUGAAGGAGAUCAAGAAGUUUGAUGAUGUCUAUGGAGACAAGCGGUCGCGCAAGAAACGAGCGCCGAAAUGGGGGUUCACCGACCCUGUGGUCGCUAGCGAGGUGCUGGAUACUGUGAAGGUGAGGAAGGAGGUUGUGCGGGCGAGACGAAAUGGAGGCGGAUUUGGGGGCUUGCCGUAG